AUAUUUAUUUUAGCAAUAGUACACAAGUCUAUAAACACAUUUUUUAUAGGUUUUCGAAUAUGAUCUUUCGAAUAGUGAGGUUCUCGAAAUGCAAAAAUAUUUUUUAUGGGUUUUCCAGAGAUCCGGUGUUCAGAAAAUCCACAAGGAAUUACUUUUGAGUACUGAAAAUCUCAUCAUUAGAAAGAGCAUAUUCGAAAACCUAUAGAAGAACGUGUUUAUAGGCUUUCAUACCACUCCUACAGCAUAUAUCCGCCUGCUCUAUAGAAAAAUGCCCACUGUGCGAGCCAUGUCGUUUAAAUUUUCAUAUUCCUACUCGUACCCACGAGUACACGGCAUAGAUAGAUAGAUUUAUUUUACACAAAGGUAGGAUACCACGAGAAAGCACCAAAAAGACUUGUGACAUUCGGAGACGCCUCAUGAUAACCUAAACUAAAAAGUUUCUGCAUAGAUUUAUGUGUGUUCAAACAAAGUUGUUUUUCCACUUGUAAUAUGCUUGCAAAUAGUUGUAUUACUACUGUGUUGAACAGAGAUAGAGCCAUAUCGAACAAGAUUAAUAAAUAGGAGAGUAAGCGUCGGAUAUCAAAUGAUAUUGUAAAGCAAUUAGAGCAACUUCAGAUUUUAGAUUAUCGAUCCAACCGGUAUAGACACAGACCAGCAAAACAGUUUUCGAAUGCAGAUUGUACCCAAAUUCAUACUUUUCAAAUCUUUUCCAGAGCUCUAAUGGUAGCAUGGUAAUCGGUCUUAACCAGAGGUUCUUAAUAUCAACUCCUAUUAAGAACUUAAGUUAAUGCGCUCUACUCACACCGAACAUGCACCAGUUAUAUAACUGACGCAACAGCAUCCACGAAAACUGGUAUAACCCGAUGGUUCAGAAUCCUUCCAAGCUGCAAAACGUCGCAUUUCGAUGUGGCCAGUUAACUCUGAUACUGCGAGGGAAUUCUGUGACGUUUUUUCUUCAUCUUGUUGUGUCGAUAUAUACCAGACCGAAUCAUACAGAGAGUCAUGAGACGUCUUAAACUGAAGAGAAAAGCCUUGUGAACAUUUUAAGACGUAUCUGAACUCUAGAAAAUGUCUCUAUUUGAAGGUCUUAAUAAAGCAUUGAGUACUAGUUUUCAAAAAUUAAAAUUCUUCAGAAUCAAAAAGUGGUACUCAAUGUUUUAUGAAGACUUUCAGAUAGAGAUAUUUUCUAGAGUUCAAAUACGUCAUAAAAUGUUCACAAGGCUUUUCUCUUCAAUUUAAUACGUCUCACGACUCUCUACAUGGUUCGACUUGGUAUAUAUCGACACAACAAAAUGAAGAAGAAACGUCACGAAUUUCCCUUGCAGUAACAGAAUUAGCUGAUCACACCCAAUUUGUAGAAAAAUGUUUUCUCUAAGUACUAGAUUAAAGAAGAAAAACUUAAUUGUGGCACAAAUAUGAGCAAUCUAAAAUACCAUGACUAUUCAUAAUAUCUGGAGCCAUCAGUUAUGUGACUGGUCGUUAUUUAGCGAUGCGUUCGCUCUUUUAUUCUUUAAUUUUUUUAUUUCUUGCAAAUAGCUAAACCAAACAUUUCUCUAUCAAAUAAGAUACUACGCAAAUCAAAGUGAUUCUUAAUAACCGCAUUAUAAACAUUUCUUUGAAUGUUCGAAAAAAACAGUUAGGUACAUACCGAAUUCAUUCUAAAUUCUGUACAGUACACUCUUUCUUAUUCCAACGAUUCUCAUUUGUAGAAUAUCAACUCAUUAGUAUGGAAUACAAUGCGUUUCAAACCGCCACCGACGACAGAUGAAAUUGGAUGGAGAAUUGAAUUUCGUCCAAUGGAUUUACAAAUGACUGAUUUUGAAAAUGCAGCAUUAUCCACAUUUAUUGCUUUGUUAACACGAGCAAUUCUCUCGUAUAAUAUAUCAACACUAAUACCAAUAUCUAAAGUUGAUGAAAAUAUGGAACGUGCUCAAAAGCGAGAUGCUAUUCAUACAGCAAAGUUUUAUUUCAAAAAAGUGAUAUCGACUGAUCAACGAUUCAAUAAAUCUUCUGAAAUUGUUGAAGAUCAAACAGAUAAUUGUGAAUAUUGUCUGAUGUCAAUAAAUGAAAUUAUGAAUGGAUCGACUAAAUUUUUUGGAUUAAUACCACUCGUCGAACACUAUCUUGAUGAAUUAGAAGAAAUAGAUGUCGAUACAAGAUAUACUCUCAAUCAAUAUAUCAAUUUAAUUCGUAAAAGAGCUGAUGGUACACUAUUGACGGAUGCAACAUGGAUGCGUCAGUUUGUUCAAUCUCAUCCAUCGUAUAAACAAGAUUCCAUUGUUACAGAUGAAAUACAGUAUGAUUUAUUAUGGAAAAUUCAAGAGAUAUCGAAUGAUGGUGCUAAAUGUCCUAGUGUUAUUUUAGAAAAAAUGACAACAAAAACAAAUUUAGAUGUGUACCACUAA